GAUAAAGCAGCGUUCUAUCUCGGUAAGCGCAGUCUCGCGCGAUAAGAGUCGCCAUCUGUUAAGCGACGCCGUAGACUGCGAUGCUGUACGUUCACCGCAACAUCCGACGUGGGGCCGACAAACGACUGCAGUUGCUCACGAACCACGCAAUCAAUCCCAUCUUCCUCACCUGUCCAAACUUCUCUCUUUCGCUCUAUUGUCUGCGCAUGUUAUAUAGCGCGCCUCGCAGAGUACUGCAUAGUUUACAUCGCGUGCGAGUGAGAGAAAAAAAAGCGCCUCGUCUAACUCUAUAUAGCAGCGCGCUACCAACUCUCUCUCUCUCUCUCUUCGCGGCGGAUGAGGAGAAGUAAGGGGAAGCCGAUCAUAUGACUCGGCCGCACGUGACUUUAUUUACAGUUGGCCGAGCGCGGCUCUCACUCUGAGCGAGCUGCUGCUGCACUCCCCGAUGCCAUCCGAGGACGAUGUCGCUCAUCGCUAAGCUCUGGCCGAAUUACUGCAAAUCGUCCGAGAAUCGACACCCGAACAAGACUCUGCUGCCGCAGUCUCAGAGUCCGCAUGACGCGACUGCCGCUGACAGUAAAACAAUAUCUGGAUGCACCGCGUUGACUCUGUUCUGUCUUCUCGAUCGAUGAAAACAACAGCAUUGACGUAUACUCGCGAUUCGUUGCAGUCCUUUCAGCCUCGCAAACCUCUUGAUUUCCGCGCGCGAGCGUGGCUCGGACGAAGAGAGGCCACAAGAAAUAAACUAAACAAGGAAGUGGACCCCGUAAGAAUCCUAUUGUUUCGCGAGUGUGAAUGGCGUGCACGAAAGCUUCUCUUUGACUCGUAUGCUCUUGAGAGAAAUCGACGCGCGGAGAAUAACAAUGAAGCACCGACGAGCUGCAGAAACGGCGGCGUCAACAGCCAACGCGGUAACACUCCCGAAAGCUCGGCUUGCGAGCAUGGAAAAUUACUUAGCGAAGACAUAAGUUUACUGAGCGAGAUGAUCUUUGGUACGGUGGCGAUGACCUACCGGGGCCCCUCGUUUAAGAUCCACGCGAUGAGCAGAUCACCCAACUCCAUCAUGUGCACCAAGGUCUUCCCCUUCUCGGAGCACUCCACUUGCAGGCAGAGCGAACAAAAGUCCAGUGAGACUCUUGGCACAUCGAACUCGAGCUAUUCCAGCUUACGAACUCAAAAUUCUCGGAGCUCCGGAAAUCCUUCCGGAAACAGUGUGAGCCCAACUCUGCGCAAAAAUUCCACGAGUUCCAGCACCGGAAGUGGCUGGGACAUUGAUAUUCCUAGACUCGACAGCUCGCAAUCACUGGAUGGCAACAAUUCGUCGUCGAAUCUCUGCCAAGGAGGUAGCCUGUCGAGUUUACGGCGUCGUUGGCUGCGCGUCAUUUCGACGUCGCUGAGCCGAUCAGAAUCGAACGACUUUGGUCAUAACUACGAAGGUUCACCUUGCGACGCUGCUGAGAUUCACGCGCGGAAACACAAAACAAGGCUCGGUUUAGCCUUGUUACUUCAGCUGCCACCUGGUUACGAACAAAAAAUCAGCAAUAAGCUGUUGGAACACGCAGCGCUUCUCGAAGGUGUACUCGACCGAUUGCGACACUCUUGCGCGGAGGGCAGUCAUGGUCCCGAACGUAGCCUCAUCACGCGACUGUAUCAUGCCUCGAACUCCUGCACCUUGCAAUUGCUCAGAUUGCUGACGAGCUCCGAAAACGAGUCGCCUGUGCCAUUACUUUGGCACGACCUGUUGCUUAACUCUGCAUUACCUGUUGACAUACAAGUGAACACGGUUUGCAGAAGUUUGCAGCAGAUGAGUCGGCUACUCGAGGAAUUUGACGUUAAGUCGACGAAUUUCUUUCUCAGUACUAUCGUCACGGCUGUUUUAACGCAUCACUUGGGCUGGGUUCACACGGCGCCGGCUCAUCGGAACAUGCAAUUGAUGGAAACGUUUGGCCAGCAGUAUCCAUGCAAUCCUCUAUGGUCUCAAUUGAACGACCUGUACGGUGCCUUGGGCACACCGGUACGAAUAUCUCAUACAGUGAUAGCCGCUGAGCCAGGAAAAGCCCAUCUCAUCGAAUCAGUGUUGAACUUCCUCUCGUACUUUCUGCGCAGCGGUCUCGUCGAGAAAUAUCAAGAGACUCGUUGCGCCGACCAGGAGGAUGUUCAAGAAGCAAUUGCUACGAUCGAGCGAGCGAUGCGCAAGAAUCCAACUCUGAAACAACUACCAGUGCCACCAACAACCAACAGCAAACGAAUCUUCAGGCGGACGAAAUCGAUCGAGAGCGACGCAACUCUCUCUUGCUCUGUUCCCAAAUCCAAGUCUUACGACGAACCAAGCUCGAGACUCAAGUUUGAGGUGACCAGCGCUGAUUCGUCGUCGGUGAAGACGCAUAAUUUCGAAAAGACGCCUGUGGAGCCUGUAAAGAAACUGAAGAGAAGUAGCAUGUUGCAGAAGAACUUGAGCGAGUUUGAUACUGCUGACGAGGUGGAUAGUCAGGUGAAGAGUAAGGUGAAGAUUAUCGUGAACAAUGAGAACGAGAGGCAGGUAUAUAAAGAUGGCACGUUGAGGAAUCUCGAGAAGACUGAGGUAGAUCAGAAGUUUGCAAUGCUUAGGCGGCAGAAGCUCAAUGGUUUCAACAGCCUUGAUUCUAAUUCGAAGACUUUCGACGCUACAUCUUUGGUCUUUCCUGCAACCUUUGUCGAUGACAUCGCUCAGCAAGCGUCAAAACCGCAAGUGUAUUUCACCUUAGGCAGUGAAGAUAAAACCAACGUGUCGAUUCGCGAACGUCUGAAGCUAGCUUGCAAGUGUCAAUGCUCUUACACGUUCACCAGAGUUCCAAGCACUUCGGCUGAAUUACCCGAAGGAGUUCUACGUAAAAUCUUGCAACGUAACUUUCCCGAGUCGUCGAAGAACAUGCAACCAACGACGAGUUGCGAAAAUGACUUUGGAGUGUGUUUGAAGUGUCGACGUGGAUUCGCCGGCUCCUCGCAGGGUUUCGAGAGUAAAUUAAUGCUUGAAACACCAACUAAUGCUACUGAAGUGUUGAGGGGUUGCGCGAGUAGUACCAGUUCACAUGUUGUUCGGUCAAACAGCUUGGAAGCAUUGAUCGAAGCUAGUUGCGUUAUAGAAUUGCCUAUGCCGAGAUCAAAAAAAAUUCCACCAUCCCAAAGAAAACGAUCGAUGGAACGCGUUGGCUUCACGAGAAGCCUUCUCAGUGCAAAAACUCACAUACCAAACGACAAUUUCACUUGCCCCGAAUCGGGGUACACGUGGGGAAAAGUAGUACAAGGAUUUACGAAGAAGAAAAAGAAAGGUCGACGAAGAGUCGACGAGCAGUCAGAUUCGAAUCAAGAGAAACUAAGACGAGAAAGUGAAGAAUGGUGGUGGCCAAUUCGCGAAGGUCUCAGUGUCGAAGCGAAAUUCCCACUGAUCGAUCAGCCCGUAUCCGAAGCUCUCUGUAUCAUUGGUGAUUUGGAUAAUUGGCAGGUUGGAUUGCUGUCGAACACUGCUGGUAGUCCAACUCCCACACCCGUCGGCAUGUCUAGACUAGUAUCUAAUAUGCUGGAAGCCUUUGCUUACUUGUGGAAGGAGUAUAAGUCUCCUGAGCAGUGUAUCAAACUACUCGAAAGCCGCCUACGCGAGAUGUGGCUGCGAAGUGAGACGCUCGCCGAAUUUCUUCUCGCCGCAGAUCUGGCUGAUGCGAGCGUCGGUAAUCUGACGAGUUUUCUCGACUUUGAUGCUGCGGACUUACCUCUACUACUGGCCGUCGCUACAACUCACUCGCCACGGAUAGCUCAACGCUUCGGUCUCACUCUUGCGUAGUGGAAUCUUUAGAAUUGUGAUAUAAUCGCAGAAAGAGAGAGAACUCUUUUUAUUUUACAUAGACAUGUGUAAGGUGUGUGAUUUUGAUACAGUCGCGAUAGCAUGUAUAUAUUUUGCAUAAACGAACACAAGGCAUUCGACUAAGAAUAAUACGGAUUCAAGAAGAUGAGAAACAUUGCGCCGUCUAUUUUUUGUAUGACUUGUCUGUGCCUAUUUAUUUAUAAUAACAUCGGAGCGAAGGCUAACUGCAUUAUUGUACCGUAUUGUGCUUCUAUUUUGUUAUUAUUGAGAACUCAAAUGCUCGAGAUAUUAUUAUUACUGACUGCCACUCGCGAUAUUAUCAAUUUUUGCGUUGUCGAGGAUUAUUGUACUGAUUAUUAGUUAUACGUCCGAGAGAAAUGAACUUUUGUGGGAUGAAUAUUCGAAGUAGUCUUUCUUUUUUAGUGAUACUGGAAUAUCAUUAAUGUACUGCUACUGGGCUUCAAUUAUUAUAAUCGUUAUGAUAUUAAAACGUUAUUGAUAUUAUGUAACUUUAAUGACUGUUGACUAUUCAUUAUUCAAAUGUUGAUGAUUAAUUGUCGAUUGAAUGUGAUAAAAGAUUUAUAUACGUGGAAUAAAUGUUUUUGUUUUUUUCUACCAAACGUGAUAACAAAAAAUGUAAUAAAAAUUAAAAUUAAAGCGAAA